AUGGACAGCAUUCGCAGCCGUCAGGGAAGCUACGGACCAACUGACGGACCAAGAUCUUCGUGCCCAUCUGUUCGACUCGACAGUCCUUCCAGCGCUCUGUUAAGCAGCGGAGACUUUAACCGGCGCACACAACACCUUGCCGGUCUUCGUAGCUCCGACUUAAAAGGAAUAUCCCGUCUUCGUGACCCAGCGGAAUAUGUAUCGAAAGCAAAACAUAGAUGGGCCGGUCACAUCAUAAGAAGAAUCGACGAUAGAUGGACUAAAAGAACGCUAGAGUGGAUCCCAAGGGACGCUAAACGCCCCCGAGGGAGAUCGCCAACAAGAUGGGGUGACAUGUUCGCUGCACGGAUGGACCAGCUGAGAGCUCAGCCGGAUACGGCUCAAGGACCUCGUAAACGUCACUUACGAAGCUUGAGAACAUCUUGGAUGGCAAUGGCGAGGAAACGAAACGAGCGGAAGAGAUGCUGGGGCUCGCACGUCCAGUGA